UCUCGGAAGCACUACCCCACUCGUUAAAUGCAAUUUGAGAUCUAAUGAUGCAUUAUAAGGCUCAAAUUCUUAUUUAACAAAUUUCAAUGCGAGUUGGACGCGGGUGGCGUGCGCUGAGCGUGCGCGUGUCGUGUGAACGCGCCCUGAUAGUUGUCAAUAAAUCGUCACCUUUAUGGUAAUUUACGAAACUGCAAAUUCAAACUUUAAAAGGGAGCGUUUUGAAACUUUAGAUUGCCGAUAUUUAUUUUUAACUAAUGAUGUAAUAAAUUCUGCGAUAAAUUUCAGUUCCAAAAUCCACCUGUUUUUAUAUACUAUGAAUGGAUCGUACAUAUAUAACACGCAUCACAAAUAAAUGCUUAUUCGUUACUUUACACCUUCAUACACGAGAGUUUAGAGGUAUUAUUAUAUUACGCUUUAGCAAACUUACGAAAGUGGUAGUUUCAUAAUUGCAUAAGAAAACUAUUGAAUAAAUAUUUUGGUAAACUUACGAAAGUGCCACUUUCGUAAGUUUGAGCACACAUGACCAGGGGUGAUGUGUUUUUAAUUCCUUGUAAGCAACACACUUUUUACAGAGAUCCUUCGGCACAUGGAAUUUUAAUUUAUAGGAUCUGAAGACUUUCCGGUAAGUCUUUAUUCCUGCUGGGAUCUCGCUUCAUCUUCACAUUUUUUUUUUAUAAAGAAUACAUGAUGGUCUAGAAUCUAGAUACCUGAACUCUGAAUUUUUUUUGCAAUAGUGUGACUCUAUGGCAAGAAAUGAAAAAACAUAGUUUUUAAUUCAAUCAAGUCUCUCACUAGAAAGUUUGUUAGAUGGAUGGAUUUUGCCUCUUUUGUCAGCUAAAAGCCUUUCUUCAGAAAUCUUUUCUAAAGCACCUCGUACUAUAUCUUCCUUGAUGUUUAAAAAGAAAUCUCUGCACACAGUAACUUUUCUAUUGUUUAUUGUAAAAACUAUAUUGAUGCGUACUUACUUUGCGUUUCUUAUUUUCUUUUGUAACGUGUUGGAUAAUAAAUUGUGCUUGUAAUAAUUUCAUAGCUCGAAAUGAGUCAUAAAUUAUUUUUCUCGCAUCUUCAGGUACUCGCCAUCGCCGCCGCUGUCUCCGGCGGGUCGACGUCAUCGAUGUCAAUCGCCGCGUUGGCGACAGCGGUCGCCCGAGACAUCGCCAUCACCGCCUAUGCGGGUGUCAUCGCCAUCACCGCCUAUGCGGGUGUCAUCGCCAUCACCGUGUUGGCGACGGCGGUCACCCGAGACAACGCCAUCACCGCCUAUGCGGGUGUCAUCGCCAUCACCGCCUAUGCGGGUGUCAUCGCCAUCACCGUGUUGGCGACGGCGGUCACCCGAGACAACGCCAUCACCGCCUAUGCGGGUGUCAUCGCCAUCACCGCCUAUGCGGGUGUCAUCGCCAUCACCGUGUUGGCGACGGCGGUCACCCGAGACAACGCCAUCACCGCCUAUGCGGGUGUCAUCGCCAUCACCGCCUAUGCGGGUGUCAUCGCCAUCACCGUGUUGGCGACGGCGGUCACCCGAGACAACGCCAUCACCGCCUAUGCGGGUGUCAUCGCCAUCACCGCCUAUGCGGGUGUCAUCGCCAUCACCGUGUUGGCGACGGCGGUCACCCGAGACAACGCCAUCACCGCCUAUGCGGGUGUCAUCGCCAUCACCGCCUAUGCGGGUGUCAUCGCCAUCACCGUGUUGGCGACGGCGGUCACCCGAGACAACGCCAUCACCGCCUAUGCGGGUGUCAUCGCCAUCACAACGUUGGCGACGGCGGUCGCCCGAGACAUCGCCAUCACCGCCUAUAUAUGUGCGGAUGUCGGCUCUGCGAUGUCGUUGUCGCACUAGAGCUACCACACACACGUCACAGCCACGGCGGGGGGCGUCACAGCGACGGCGGCUGUCUCCAAAGCCGUCGAGUCCAGCACCUCCACCUUUGCCGGAGACACCGCCAGCACCUCCUCAUUCGCCGGAGGCACCACCAGCACCUCCUCAUUCGCCAGAGGCACCACCAGCACCUCCUCCUUCUCCAGGCCUCCCUGGCCCCCGAUGCAAAUGUGAAUGUGGCCUGUGUGAGGCAGGACAUACGCUAAAUUAUUUUAUUUAGUUUUUUAUUUUAUUUUAUUUCUAAUUUUUAUUUA